UUUAAAAUUAUGAGUUUUCGCGAAGCAUAUAAAUUAGCUACAAAUUCAAAUAUAUCAUGGUAUCCAAGGCAUAUGAUGACGAGUAUGAAACAAAUGCAAGCGAAACUAAGAACGAUCGAUUUUAUUAUUGAGGUUCAUGAUGCAAGAAUACCUUUUAGUGGAAGAAAUAUCAAUUUUCAAAACUUAUUGGGAAUUAAGCCUAGAAUACUUGUGUUUAACAAAAAGGAUCUUGUUGAUAAAACUUGUUAUGAACAAAUAAUUAAAAAAGUUUCUGAUCAAGAAAAAGAUGUUGUGAAAGUUUUGUUCACUAGUGCAAACCAAAUAAAAGAUCAUUCUUUAUUAAAUAUAUUACCCAUCAUUUUAGAUCAUAUUAAAAUCUCUAACAGAUAUAAUAGAAUGGGUGCUGAUGAAUAUAAUAUUAUGAUAAUAGGAGUUCCUAAUGUUGGAAAAUCAUCAUUAUUAAAUGCAUUCAGAAAUAAAUAUAUGAAAAAAUCAAAAGCAUCUGAGGAAGGCCCUUACGCAGGAGUCACCAAGUCUGUCUUAAAUAAAAUUAAAGUUUAUCCCAAUCCUAAAGUAUUUGUAUUUGAUACGCCCGGUAUAAUGGCACCCCACAUAUCGAGUUCGGAAGCCGCUAUGAGGUUAGCGUUGUGCGCUACCUUUAAGGAUUCUCUUAUAGGAGAGAAAAAUAUGUGUGAUUACUUAUUAUAUUGGCUUAACAAACGUAAAUUGAUGAACGAAUAUACCCAUUGUGGCGAGCUUAAUUUACCUCUGUCAGAAGUAACGAAUGCCAAUAAGCAAAGUGCCACCCUCUUACACGAAAAAUCACAUAACUUAAAAUUUCCCGACACAAUAUUAACGAAAGAAAAUAACGAGAUAGACAUGAAAAUUUACGGGCCUUAUUUAAAUAAUAAACCUACGGACAAUAUAUUAGAUUAUUUGAUUCGAGUUGCAAUAGUUAAUCAAAGAUUUGUGAAAGUUAGGAAAGUGAUUUAUGAUGGAAAUUCAGAGUCAAUCAACAAUAAUCAACAUUGGGAAUUUAAACCUGACAUAAAUACCGCCGCUAAUCUUUUUCUUAAAACAUUCCGGUCCGGUAAAAUGGGAAAAUUUAUAUUAGAUGAUGAUAUAUGACGUUUUUUAGAUCUGACA